CCCUUCUUCCCACCAAAACCACCGGACUUCCCAUGCCCAAUUACAUAAUGCAUAAUCCGUUCCAAAAUCUUAGCAAUCCAUCCACUCCUUCCACCGCAACCCCCUCCCCCGCCAGAAAUGGCCACCAAACUUGGGUUCAGUAUAACAAACCCAAGAUUCGUCCCUGCCUCAUUCAGAAAACCAAUUAUUUCUGUGUCUGCUUCUCCUUCUCUGCCUUCUUCUGCUUCAGGAGUUCAGUCGAUUCAUUUUAACAGCAGAAAGUUGUCCAUUAAACGCAGAUUGUUGUUUUUUUCUCCUCGGGCCUCUACUGAUCAGCAAGGUCAGGUUCAAGGAGAUGAGGUGGUCGACAGCAAUGUCUUGCCCUAUUGUAGCUUAGAUAAAAAACAGAAAAAAUCUCUUGGGGAGAUGGAACAAGAAUUUCUCCAAGCACUUCAAGCAUUCUACUAUGAAGGAAAAUCUAUCAUGUCAAAUGAGGAAUUUGAUAAUCUUAAGGAAGAACUUAUGUGGGAAGGAAGUAGUGUCGUGAUGCUAAGUGCAGACGAGCAGAGGUUUUUGGAAGCUUCAAUGGCUUAUGUAUCUGGGAAUCCAAUAAUGAGUGAUAAAGAGUAUGAUGAACUUAAACUGAAACUCAAGAUGGACGCGAGUGAAAUUGUAGUUGAGGGUCCUCGUUGUAGCCUUCGAAGUAGAAAGGUUUAUAGUGACCUUUCUGUUGACUACCUCAAGAUGUUUCUCAUAAACGUCCCAGCUGCAGUUGUUGCAUUAGGAUUGUUUUUCUUCCUUGAUGAUUUGACUGGGUUUGAAAUCACCUAUCUAUUGGAGCUUCCCGAGCCCUUCGGUUUCAUUUUCACAUGGUUUGCAGCUUUGCCUUUGAUUCUGUGGUUAUCUUUUACCUUUACAAACACUAUCGUCAAAGAUUUCCUGAUCUUAUCGGGACCCUGUCCGAACUGUGGCACGGAGAAUAUUUCCUUCUUCGGGACCAUAUUGUCUAUAUCUAGCGGUGGUUCAACCAACAAUGUAAAAUGCUCAAAUUGCGGGACAGAAAUGGUGUAUGAUUCAAGUACACGACUGAUUACAUUGCCCGAAGGAAGUGAAGCAUGAGUUGAGGCACUAAUGGAUUUGAAUGCAAGAACUAAUGAAAUGGUGCGAGUCUGAAGACACAGAGAAGAGUUUUUAGUGUAGAUACAAUUUGGUUGCUGAAUAACGGCUUUUUAUGUCUAUAGAUAUUUGUAUUUCGAGUAUUUUCAUAACGUCAUUUGUAAAUUUUAUACAGGUUUGUACGCUGUUGAACACAGAUGCUUGACUAUUUUGAAGAACAUCAUUUAGUUAAAAGUACAAUCAUCUCAUACUAUUUGUGCACUCUCAGCAGUCUCUUGCACAAUUAGUCAUUUACUCUC